AUGCCUAAUCUAUCUGGCAUAAAUGGGUCUGGUACCAAGCAAUAUCCACCAGAUGAUGUCCUUCAAGAAACGUUACUCAAGUAUGUCCGCCGUGGACUCAAGCAGAAGGAAAAGCUGGCUCGGCUCGUUGAAGACCACCAGCUUGAGAUCAGUGUGGCAACACUGAACAAGAUAGAGCGCCGUCUUGAAAUACCAUCUGUCCGUCGUAAUCGACCCUCCCAGGAAGUUGCAGUCCAAGCAGUGAUCGACGAGGUUGAGAAGGAUAUAGCUCAGAACAACGGCCCAAACUAUGUGAAAACACAGCUUCAACAAAAGCUCAUCUUGGUUCCACGUAAUACAAUACGCCGUGUCAUGCAACAGGAGUUCCCAUCUGGGCCAGACAUCCGCUAUCCUGGACGAAAGAAGUCCCAGGUUUUCCGCACCCCGCUUUCUGCUCUUGGACCAUAUCACGAAAUAUCAUCAGAUGGGCACGAGAAGUUGGGGGCACAGGCACUACAGAUGGGAGGUGUUGGUCUCCCAAUAUAUGCUUUCAAGGAUAAGUGGACUGCGCAACUCCUCAAGAUCAAUGUUAUUCCAAACGACCGAACAAAUGCUGCCAUAGGACAUUUGUUCCUGGACUUCGUAGCUGAGAAUGGCGGAAUUGGCAUGCAAAUGACCGUUGAUAAAGGCUCAGAGAUAGGAUGGAUGCUAGCAAUCCAGGAUUGCCUACGUGAAACAUUUGCACCAAACAUUGACUUGGAUAUUUAUCCUCCUCAUGCAUGUGUGAAAAGUGUGCAUAAUACCAUUAUCGAGGCAUUUUGGCGGUGGCUUAAAGUCAAGCGUGGUUUGUCUCUCCGAGAACAUGUACUCCGUGGCAAAAAUGAGCACAUAUUCGAUGAGGGAUCAAUACUUCACAGCCACUUAUUUAACUGGUUGUUUCCACCGCUCAUCCAAGCUGAGCUUGAUGAGUUCCGCCAGUACUGGAAUUCUCACAAAAUUCGGUUUCAGCCCGAGAAGAUAAUGCCCUCUGGUCACAUUCCUUCUGACGCAGCUGAGUAUCCUCAGCUGUUUGGAGGUAUUAACUGCUUCAUCAAGGUUCCUGCCUCAACGGUUGAGGAUAUCCGAGAGGUGUUGUCAGCUGAGGUUGGUCCUCGAGAGCAGCAUCUCUCCUGGGUGACACCUGAAUUCGACACAUUUGCGCGGACCAUCUACGAGAUGAUAGAGCGGCCCACUCUCACACUGGAAAGUAGUUGGACUGUUUUUGUGCAGAUGUCUGACAAAAUGGAUGCAUUGGGACAGGAUACGUGGCCUGCCAUGGAGUAA